UGCGCGCUCUGGGAGAGCUGCCCCCUCUAGCCCCAAAACCUCAGCUCCGCUCCACUUCUCUUCUUCUCCCUGCCUCUCUGUCCCUGCUUCUCUCUCUCUCUCUCUUCGGAGGGGAAAACCUCUCUCAAGGCUCCCAGGCUCUUCCCUCAAGAAAAGCAGAAGGAAGAAGCCCGCUUACGAUAGUACAAACUUGGUGAUCCAAUCUGCUGCAACAGUGAAAGAAACAACAUACUUGUUGUAACAGGAUCCUUCGGGUAUCAAAGUCAGAUUGUUGUGAGAAAGAACUCAUUCUAAAGAUUAGUGGUCUGGACAUUAUCUGCUAAAAGGUAUCCUGCUGAAACAAGUGUAUUGCUGUUGCUGGCGGUUUCCUGAAGGCAUUACCCACAUCCGUGUGCAAACAUCCCACUGACUGCGAAGAUGGAACUGCAAAAAAUGGGAAGCGAGAAUGGCACUGAAAGAUUCAAUGGUACCAUACCUGACAGUGACAAAGCAGCUGUCUUGGAGGAUGGGUAUGAGGAAGAGGAACGUAUUUCAGCAGAACAAGAUGGCUUCUUGCCUAACGCUGCCAGCAAGAAAUUCAGCCAAUUCACUGAUUUUGAGGGAAAGACUUCGUUUGGGAUAUCAGUCUUUAAUCUGAGCAACGCCAUCAUGGGGAGUGGCAUCCUGGGCCUGGCCUAUGCCAUGAGGAAUACGGGAAUCACCCUCUUUGUGAUCCUUUUGAUCUGCAUUGCUUUGCUCUCCUCCUAUUCCAUUCAUCUGCUGCUGAAGUGUGCUGGAGUUGUUGGAAUUAGAGCUUAUGAACAGCUGGGAUUGAAGGCCUUUGGCCAUGGGGGCAAAGUGGUGGCUGCUGUCAUAAUUUCAAUACACAACAUAGGAGCUAUGUCCAGUUACUUGUUCAUUGUUAAAUCUGAACUGCCACUUGUGAUCCAAACCUUCUUAGGGCUGACGGCAAACAAUGGCGAAUGGUACAUGAACGGGCAAAUUUUAAUAGUUGUCGUCAGCGUUAGUGUCAUCCUGCCCUUGGCUCUGAUGAAACAUUUAGGUUAUCUUGGUUAUACCAGUGGACUCUCACUCACCUGUAUGUGUUUCUUUCUCAUCUCGGUAAUUUACAAGAAAUUCCAGAUCCCUUGUCCCUUUAAUGAUACUGUGGUGGUCAAUAGCACCAUGGAGUCCAGUCAUGAUAUCUGUAGUGCUGAAGCCUUUCCUCUCAAUUCUCAGACUGCGUAUGCAAUCCCCAUCUUGGCAUUUGCCUUCGUUUGCCACCCAGAAGUGCUUCCUAUUUACACUGAGCUGCGCAGGGCUUCAAAGCGUCGAAUGCAGAGUGUAGCCAAUGUCUCCAUCCUGGCCAUGUUUUCCAUGUAUCUGCUGACAGCUAUCUUUGGUUACCUCACCUUUUAUGAGAAUGUUGAAGCAGAGAUGUUGCAUACCUACAUCAGAGUUGACCCUCUAGACAAGCUUAUCCUUUCGGUGCGAUUGGCUGUACUCCUAGCUGUGACUCUCACUGUGCCAGUGGUUCUGUUCCCGAUCCGCAGAGCCAUCCAGCAUUUGCUAUUCCCCAAGAAAGAUUUCAGUUGGAUCCGUCACGUCAUCAUUGCCUUCUGCCUUCUUUUCAUUGUCAACCUCCUUGUCAUUUUUGUGCCAAACAUCAAGGAUAUUUUUGGAGUCAUUGGCGCCACAUCAGCCCCCAGUCUCAUCUUCAUCCUUCCUAGCAUUUUCUACAUCCGAAUUAUCCCCAAUGAAAAAGAACCACUACGAUCAAGACCCAAAAUCCAGGCUGCGUGUUUUGCUGCCCUUGGUUUCAUUUUCAUGGUGAUGAGCCUCACUUUUAUCAUCGUUGACUGGGUAACCACAGGGAAGAGCUCUGGAGUGAAUCACUAGCGAAGCCCACUCCUCACCCCAAGAGACCAGGUGGUUCUAACCAGGGAGACCAUUCAGUGCCAGAGAAACAGUGGUGCCUUUUGCUGUUUAUCCUCACUUAUCCUGGAGACACCAUAAUUACCUGUCCCAACACUUUGGAGAAGUGUUGGAAGCCAUCCCUUUGGUGCUAUGGCAAUGCAAAGUAAUUUGGAACAUCUCCGGGGCUUCACUACAGCCCUUCUAAGAUCUAGGCCUCUAAAUCAGAGCCUCUGAAUUUAAGCUCCCUUCAUUUGCUGGCUCCUAUGGUAGCAGCAUUAUUUUCCUGGCCUUCGUUUUGUUUUGUUUUUCUCCCUGUUGAUAUUGUGCCAUCACCAACAAUUGCAUGUGUCGGCAAAACCACGUGGGGUUUGGUUUGGGUUUUCUUUGCCCAGGAUUAUCGUGCUGCCUCUCAACAAGGCUUAGUUUGCCUUUUUCCUCUCCCCCCCCCAUUCUUCUUUUCCUCCUUCGCCUCCACUGUUACAGAAAGAAUCUCAGGCUGGUUUGUCAUCAUUUGUCACUGUACCAAAUGGUGCCUUGAUGUCUCAACAAUUGUGACUCCUUUGUUAUCCAACAUGGAAGAGGGUGGGGGCUGGUUGCUAUGGAGGCAUAGUGUCUGAUAUCACUCAGUCUCCUGCCUGAUAUCACUUAAGGCCACAGCAAUGAUAACAACUGACAGCGAAGGAAACGCCAUGCCUCGAUGGGUGUUGAUCAAAGCAACGGACAAUCUAAUUUAUUUGCUCUUAUUUAAUUUCGACCAGGCUACCAGACCAAAGAAUAUAAAUAACAUAGCCAUCCUAAUGCCUAUUUAAUCCAUGCCACGAUUCCAGGUUUUUCUGACAUAGAUGAGGUCUGGGAAUCGAGGGAGGAAGGAGAACUAGGGACCCUGGAAUCCUGGAAAUUUUCUUCCACCUAAGGAGGCAGAGCAGAAUGGAUCAUUUCGGUGCAGCGGGAGACUCAAAGACUCCCUGCUAGCGGGAGGGGAAUGCAACUCCCUCAAAUUGUGGGAGAAUGUUGUUUGCUGUCUCUUGUCUCUGAAUGAUGCUAGGUUUUUCUCUGAGGCUAUCCAGAAAAGUGAAUUCUACAUACACUACAACACCAUCUGGUGAUUUCCCAUUGGUGCAUCUCCCUGGGCCCCAGGGAUUAAAUUUCUUAGUGCUGCAUCUGAGUUUAGGAUUCCAUUUCUGAAGUAUCUGAAUGUGAAUUCUGCUCUUAUGGCUGAAUCCGCUCUUAUUGGCUUGGUUAACUUCAAAUGGUGCUGAUAAUGCAAAAUGAUAAGAGCCUUGAUUGAAAAUUGUUGAAAAGACACUAAGGGAAAAAAAAUGCUAACAAAGAGGCUGUACAGGUGGUCCACAACGUACAACCACAAUUGAGCCCAAAAUUUAUGUUGCUAAGCGAGAAAUUUGCUAAGUGAGUUUUGCCCCAUUUUUAUGACACUUCUUGCCAUAUUUGUUAAGUUGUUAAAUUAGUAACACAAUGGUUAAGUCUUGUCAGAAGAUUUGCAAAAGGUGAUCACAUGACACACACACACCCUUCCCCAGCACACUGCAACAAUCAUAAAUGUGAGGCAGUUGUCAAGUAUCCGAAUGUAAAUCAGGUAACCAGCUGCAACGGACAUAAGUGUGAAAAAUAAUCAUACGUCACUUUGUUCAGUGCCGUUGUAACUUUGAACAUUCACUGUUGUAAGUUGAGCAUUACCUGUAUUUGCACAGUAUACUUAACCAAGCCAAUUACAAAUCUAAUGGCCGAAUUUGCAUAAAAUGCUACACAUGACUAGUUUUUUGUGGUUUUACUAUGUUGCGUGAACCCACCUAGUUAGUUCAGGGCUCAGUGUGUAUGUGAAAAAGAGUUAAUUGAGAAAAUAAAUUAAUUAAGUGACCAGUUUAAGUGUGAUACAAGCCAGCAAGGCAUUCCUAGAUAUUUUUCCCUUUGGAACUGACACACCAGAUUUGUUUUUCCUCAACAUCUGUACAAUGAUGUCUUAAAUCUUUGUCCUCCAAUAUAUUCCCUAUGUAAUUACUGCUUUUUUCACUUCAGAGAUACUGAAGUGGAAAUGAAAGAACAAUGGUAGGUUAGUUUUGCUAAUCAUGAAUCACCUUUCGUCUGCCUGAACAAGUGUAGUUUUGUUAUGUGCAAUGAAAUUAUCAAGGAAUUUGAUAAAUUAGAAUGCAUAUGUAUUUCCACACAUAUCUCCCCUGUCAUCUUCAUGGUCACUGACAUGAAUCAUUUAAAUUGCACUUUUCAGAAUUCUUAAAAAUAUUCUCCCUCCCCCUCCUUUCCCACCACAAUAGCACUUAUAUUUAAAGAUAGUUUAACAAAACUAAAUACUGCUAUUCCAGCAGAAUAUGCCUCUUUAUUUUUGUAUUUUGAGACGCUUAUGUGUAAUUCACCUUUUUGAGUCAUUGAAUUAGUCACGUUAAAAGGGGUCAUAGUAAAAACUUGGGAAAGUGUUAAAGAAGCUUUUAAGUUGAAAGUUGAUACUUUCCUGUGAAUUGUUAGUCCUAUAAUUCUGAAGAUUAAACACCCCCUGAAUUAUGGAUCUUUCAUUGCAAUGUCCCUUGACAGUGAAUGGGUGGAAACUAAAUCUUUUGGUAGGAAGGUAGUAAGCCCAGCCUGACAAACAUAAUCUUUGUUCCAUUAUUCAUCUUUUUUUAAAAUAAUCUCUAGUUAUUUGGUAUCUUUCUGCCUUUUGUUCCCUUUUUAUUUAUCUUUUUCUUAUACAGAAAUGACAGAAAUUUUAGGUAUACAUUUCAUCAAGUGUUAAUACUUCUUGUAGCAAUGCCUGAUUGCUAAUUGCUUGCUCACACUUAAAGGUUAUCUUUUUAAAUGCACUUAUAUGA